GAUAAUAAAGCAGGCUGGAGGAGCACGAGCACGCGCACGCGCACGAGCACGUCUCCGCCACCGAGCAGCUGGAAAAACAUUACCUACAGGAUUAAUCUCACACCUGGCGGAGCGGACAGGGUCCGAGCCUCAGUGUGGGCCGAAAAUAACCCGACUAAAGUCUCUGGAUGAGGCUCCGAGCUGCAGUUGGAGCUAGAGAUUGUGUUAUUGUGUUUGUAUGCGCCACGGUGUGUGUGUGCGUGAGUGUGUGUGUGUGCGCGAGUGUGUGAGUGUGUGUUAUUCUGUACGAGGAGCUACAAGUCGGCUGUUGACAUCAUAACGACGAGUCCUCUCUGAAGAUUUCUGGACUGUUCCAUUUGCACAUUUAACGGGGGAGGAGGGGUGAGAAGUGAACCGACCCGAAAACGACACUCCAGAUGUCCCACAAUGUCUCGACGACAUCAUGACUCCUAGAUUGUGGUUAGCUUGUACUGUGAUGUCACACUGACCCCGCCCCUCAUCUGACUCGGCCAUGAAGGAGGUGGGGCGCUGGUCAGCAGCAGAGGUUUCUGAUUGGCUGGCCGAGGAGGGAAUGCCGGAAUAUUCCGACGCUCUCAGGAACGUAGACGGCACGGCUCUUUUGCGACUUUCCGAGUCGGAUUUUCAGAACCCGCCGCUGUGUCUCGUCACCGGAGACAACGGGAGACGUCUGUUGGAGCGCCUGGAGACGCUGCGCAUCGCCAACCACAUGGGUAACCAUGGAAACAAUCGCCAUGUCAACGGGCACGUUGGAAAUGGGAAGAUUCACAACGGGGCGCCGAAGAACGGAUUCCGAUCCGAAGCAGUUCAGAUCCAUAUUCCUCUUCCAUCCGAGACCGAGCGCACGGCAUUUCCGACCGAGUGGUACAAAACGGGCGUGGCCUUCGGGUACGCGCUGUGCUGCUUCAUCAUGACGUCGGUUGUGAUUUCCAUCGUGCACGAACGAGUGCCCUCCAAAGAGGAGUCUCCGCCUCUGCCAGAUAAGUUCUUUGAUCUGUUUGAUCGCGUGCAGUGGGCGUUUUCUAUCUGCGAAAUCAACGGCAUGUUCCUUGUUGCCGUGUGGUUCAUCCAGUGGAUCCACCUCAAACACAGGUCCAUCGUUGGUCGCCGUUUCUUCUUUAUCGUCGGAACGCUGUACCUGUACCGGUGCGUGACCAUGUACAUCACCACCUUACCUGUGCCGGGCAUGCACUUUAAAUGCGCGCCCAAGUUGUUCGGUGCCUGGGAGGCUCAGUUCAGGCGCAUUAUGAAGAUGAUCUCGGGCGGCGGUUUGUCCAUCACGGGCUCUCACUCCCUGUGUGGUGAUUACCUGUACAGCGGACACACCGUCAUGCUAACGCUAACCUACCUGUUUAUUAAAGAGUAUUCUACGCGGAGGUUCUGGCUCUAUCACUGGGCGUGUCUCGGUCUGAGUGUCAGUGGGAUUUUCUGCAUCCUCUUGGCUCACGAUCACUACACGGUGGACGUGGUGGUGGCGUACUUCAUCACCACACGCCUCUUCUGGUGGUACCACACUCUGGCCAAUCAGCAGUGUCUGAAGCAGCACUCGCAGAUUAACGCGUUUUCUCGCGUCUGGUGGUUUCGUCUCUUCAGCUACUUCGAGCGAAACGUCCAGGGCGUCGUCCCUCGCCACUACCAGGUGCCGUGGCUCCAGUUGCCAUGCCGACUGUCUCCGGGGGGCCGGGUGAAGUACAGCCGUGUGGACUCGCUCUAACCUCGGGGACGGGAAAGAAAGUGACAGAGACUCGUUUCCCAUCAGCCCCUGCAGCCUGGGCUCAACACUGUGAUGUGGAUUUUCCUUCUUUCAGAAAAAGUUUUUUAAACAGUAAACGUCCCUGAAAAGACGACGUAGCGCCAAGAAACCAGUUUUAAUAUCCACACCGCUGCCGAGAUCCUCAUCUAUACGUCGAUAUAUCAACAUAUAAACAUUAAGAGUAAACAACCACCAAAUAGUAUCUGAAGAUUUUGUUCGGGAUAUUUUUUAUAAGUACGUUGUAAUCGUAUUAAUCAUCGCGUAGGAGACUUUUUUCUAAAGACUUUGGCAGAUUUAUUUUCCCAAAGUAAAAAAAAAACAAAACAAAAGUAUUGGAUGUUUUUUAGAUUUGUAUUCUUCCUGAAUGCUGGAGCGUCUUAACGGGAGAUUUGAGAUUUUUCCAGUGCCUUCCUCCUCAGCGAUCCUACGCCGCACGGUUUCUCACGGCUGUUAGCGUGUCAGCGAGUCUGUAAAUUCAGCUUGAGCGCUGGAUGUUUAUCUGUCUUGUGACCAAAUCGUUUGAAUGUAGGUUAAAGGUCAAGUUCGCUUCACCUGAUCAUCCAAAGAGAUUUUUUGAUUUUUUUUCUUUCAGAAGCGUUCAGUUUUUUUGGGGUUUUUUUUGUUGUUCUGGGCUAAUAAUAUUGACGCAUACAGUGUAUUAGAGAUGAGGACGGUGGCCUGGAAGUGUUAACUCGGAAUGGAAAGGGGCGGGACUUAUUGAACAAAUACACGCUGCUUCGUCGCUGAUUGGACGCUGCAUCGCACUGUUAUAUUGAUGUGAAGUUUCUUCUGCUAUUCCGAACAACGCGGCUUCCUUUAUACGCCACAGCGCUGUUCUGGAUCCUGAUUGGUCAGAAGGUGUUGAUUAGUUUUCUAUAACAGCAGCUAGCGCUGACACUAGCGCAGGUUUAUAUUAACGCGCUCGUUCUAAUACGUUAUCGUUUCUAUAGCAACAGCUCUGUCUUUCUAAAGAGAAGUAUUGUCAAACUCAGUUUAAUGGAUUUUUGGUUAUUGUACUACAGUUUUGCAGACAGUAUGUUAGCUGAAUUAUAUAUCGUGUAUUGUAGAAAAGUCCUCAAGUAUCGCGAUGAUAUUUUCGUCCUAUCGCCCAGCCCUACCCUGAAGUGUGUCUCUCCUUAAGCGUAUCUGAAAGAACAUCGGUGUACCACUGACGAAAAUAAACACGAAUAAAAGUGUGGUUAGAUUUUAUUCAUGUUCACGUGAGGAAACGAGUACAAGAGCGCGUGAUGUUCGCUGAGCACCGCCCCUUUCCGUUAAUGUGUGUGUUUCUGAUUGGCGGAUUUGGUUUGUUAGUGUUCUGCGCGUACAGGCCACCGUAGCUGAGCGAUACGGUUCUGAUUAAACGACUUCGGCGAUGCUACGACGUCCAGCGUGACGUCAGUACUCCAGUCCUCCACCGCCUUCAGUUCUCCACCUGUUUCUUCUUUAACUUAUUCGUUAAAUUCAUUUUAAACACUAAAAAAAAAAAAAAAAAUCAUAGUGACGUACAGGUUUAUAUAUGCGGACGCCUAAAACGAAAACCGUCGCAAAACGAAAUACCGUCAUGAAAACAUGACCGAGUCUCGUGACGCGGUGUUUUGUGUCGUAUCGCGCGACUUUACUGCUUACUGAGGCUCCGUAAGAGACCGGGUCGGUUUGCACAAAUUUGUACAAAAUGGCGGACAGAAUAGACACUCUAAUGUAGUAUGUUAACGAGGUUAUAAAUUAGCAUAUUUAAACAGAUGGCAUAAUAUAAAUAAUAAUUCAAAAGUAAUUUUAUAUCACAUGACCAGAAUGUGUAUAGAGAGAAAAACAAAAUAUUUUCUAAUUUAUUAUUGAAUUAAAAAUUCUAAAUCCACGAUAAGGUGUGUGUGUGUGUGUGUGUGUGUGUGUGUGUGUGUGUGUUCCUAAAACAACCACAAUUCUAUUGCUAUACCAGUACAGUGUUCAGUGGCUGAGAGCAGUACAGCACCCUGCUGUAACUUCAAUACCCCAGUGUGUGCAUUAGAGUAUCUCACACACACACACACACACACACACACACACACAGAGCAUUAUUAUAAUAACAUGAAUGUAAAAGUAAAAUAUUUACUGAACAGCUUUGAAGAAAUGAAGCACUUUAUAACGAAUCCUAAUCCAAUCUCCUCAAAAUCCUUUAUUCCAAAAACAGUGUGUCGUCUCGAUCGUCUGUAAACGUAGCUCUGUUGCUAGCAUGCUUCGAGUCCGGGCUGAAGUUCAGUUGCUGUGGCAACAACAACUCUGUCAGGCCUGUGCUGAUAAUCAGUAAUACUAAACAUCACGAAAUUUAACACACAACAUUUUUAUACUGUUCUAUUUCACACCGAACUCCAGAGAUUCUGACGGCAGAAGAGAGUGACUGUAAAAUUCUUAACACCACCACAUCCUAAAUACCAACUACAUGCUAAAUGCUGCUUUAUCUUUUUUUUUUCUUUGUAAAAAUAUUAACUAGAAUUAAUUCCUCAGUUUGAUCACAAAAUUACCGAGAAUUUAAAAUCACCCGAUCCGUUAUAACUGCCAAUCAAACUUACUGAUUCUUUUCUGUGUUAAAUGAGUGUUCAUUUUUCUUCUUCUUCUUUUUUUUUUCAUGUUUCAUGUGAAUCAGAAUCUUGUGUAAGUAAUUAUUUUUCCCUUGCUGUCGAUGUUCACUUGUUUGUGUGUUAUGAUAAAUGAUUAUAACAUGAACGACUCAAGGGGCGGAGCUUGAUUAAAAUCUUUUAUUCUGCA